AUGACUACCGAAGUCGUUCGCAAAUCCAAAAUCCUCCUCUCCAACGAAAACUACACUCUCUGGCUUCUUCCCAUGGAAGCUAAACUCUACAAACUUAAGACCCUCAACAUUGUCACUGGCGCUGCUACCUGUCCCGACCCCAAAAAAGACAAAGACAACUUCAAACUAUACAACAAACUCAACAAAGACGCCUACACUGAGAUUGUUCAAUAUCUCAAUCAAGAAGUUCUAGCGUAUGUCAGCUCGGCACUCCCGACCACCGAUAAAUUCAACGGAUACAAGCUCUGGCAGCUUCUCAAGGCCAAUUUUGCUGGCAAUGACCUCACCUCCAAAACUACAGCCCUAAAGAAAUUUCUUGCUGUUGAUUACGACUCGUUCUCGUCGUUUUUGCCACUUAUCCGAUCUGCAAAUCAGAAGAUCAUCCUCUCGUGCCUUGCACUCGAAGACCAAACUUCGCUGCCCAAAAUCAACUAA